GCAACAAACAGCAGCGUACGCCGCCGGGGGACAUCAAUGGUGGAGUACGCGUCCAUUCAGGGAAAGGUCUGAGAGAGACCAUUACUGGGGCUUACAUGGAGAGCUGAAAGUGAAUAUGAGGUUAACGUCCUUAAUGAUGUACAUAUCUCCGGUCCUGCUAGUUAUUUUGUAUGUAUAUAUCGGAUUUUCUGAAGCUGCACCUCGCAUCAGCCCGUACGAUGCGUCGCCUAUCUCCAGGAAGCCCGGCUCAGCCUCCGACACCUGGGAGACCUUCCACACCGACAUGCCUCGUCAUUUACCCGAGAGAAGGUCCGCUCUCGGGCCUCUGACCGGACUCACACCAUCGCCUGCUAUUGUUUCUGCCGGCCCGACCACUACUGCUACUAGCAGCCCUAAUUCUAUAAUUGCAACCACCUUCCAGCUUCCAACAACGGACCCGACCACCACCACUACUACCGCCACCUCUGAAACUGGAAUCAUUUCAGCCACAAGCGAGCAAAUAACAGCGCCGAUUUCCAGGUUAACCGGCGCACGCAAGAGAUCCACAGAUGCACAAACAUCACUUUUUGCUCCGGAGAAAACGCUGCAGGCCAUGGUGUCCAUGGUCUCCCAGCGCACUGCUAACGAUGCCUGGGCUGCAGAUAACACUGGCACAUCUGUUACCUCAGUAGAGAAUAGUCAAGAGGGCCUUUGUAACUGCAGCAGUGGUGGUGAGGGGAUCUUGGACCCGGAUGAGUGUGAUCAGAGCACCGGUCAGUGCUCGUGUGUGCAGGGCUACGCCGGUCUGCAGUGCGAGGACUGCGAGGAGGGACACUUCACCAACGGCACCAGCGGAUGCCUGCCCUGCACCUGCGACUCCUUUGGUGCAAUCAACAACCUCUGUGACAGCUCAGGGAUAUGUGUGUGCAAGACGGGAGUGUACGGACCCAAGUGUGACGAAUGCCACCCGGGGUUCUUCCACUUCAGCAGCACUGGUUGCCGGCCCUGCCAGUGUCACAACCACACCAACUACUGCCAUCCACAGUCGGGAGUGUGUCUGAACUGUGAGGGCAACACCCAGGGAUCCAACUGCGAUGAGUGUAAGCCUGGUUUUUACCGCAACCCUGGAACUGCCCUGACUGAAGCCUGUGCACCGUGUCCCUGCUCCAACUUCACCUCCAGCGGCACCUGUCACACCGAUCCCAGCGGCUCCCCGGUGUGUGACCAGUGCCUUCCCCAGUACAGCAGCCCAUUGUGCGAUGAGUGCAGCGCUGGCUUCUACAAAGCAUCAGGGGUUUGCGUUCCCUGCGACUGCAGUGGGAACGCAGACCCUCAAGGCCCCAUCCAGCUCUGUCACCCUGACACCGGCCACUGCCUCCGCUGCAUCAACAACACCACCGGGCCCCAGUGCCAGAUCUGUGUGCAAGGCUUCGUAGGGGAUGCACGAGCACAUAACUGCACCCGUCCUACCCCCCAGCUCAUUCCCACACCAGCAGAUAAAACCACAACAGAGACCCCCACAUUGAGUACAUCCGCCCCCUCCACGCCCACCACCAGCACCACUUUGACCUCCUCCACAGCAAGAGACGUCCCGGCCUCCACGUCCAGCGGCAACACGAGCACGCCACUGAGCACUGCUGCUACCACCCAGGCCCUGCUGACCAGCCUGAGCAGCCCCACUGACAACACCACAGCAGCCCUAACCGAGGUCUCCUGGACGCAGUUCAACAUCAUCAUCCUGGCCGUCAUCAUCCUGGUGGUGCUGCUGCUGCUGGGCUUCGUCGGAGGCGUGUACACCUACAGGGAGUACCAGAACCGCAAGCUCAACGCCCCCUUCUGGACCAUCGAACUGAAAGAGGACAACAUCAGCUUCAGCAGCUACCACGACAGCAUUCCCAAUGCUGACGUGUCAGGCCUGCUGGAGGACGAGGCCAAUGAGGUGGCGCCCAACGGCCAGCUGGCUCUCACCACACAGGGAAACUGCUACAAGGCUUAGCACCCCACCCCACCCACCCCCAGACUGGACACCUAGAUUUACAGAUGACACAAAGCUGCUGGAAAGUACCAAAUCCAAAGCUCCUUCAUGUAUGACUGCUUGUUGUUCCCCUGCUGGUCUGCGGCGCUUCACAACACUCUGAAAACUGACAGCAGAUGAGAUCAAACAUAUGGAGAAGAGACACAGAGUUUCCACUUGAAACAGUUACCCUUUUUUGAUAUUAUUUUGUGUGUACGAUCGGUGAAAUGGGUCCAAAGAAAAAAGUGUUUUGUUUGAGUUGUGCCUGCAGGCGAUUAGUUAGUAAUUGGCAUGGCGUGAGACAGGUGCCAAACAUACACCUGUUCCCUGAAACAAUGAUCCUGACACUGGAUAGAGGACUUGCUGGAGCCUAGCAUUUCAGAUAUUUUUAAAAUGGACUUUUGACUGUUUAAGUUAUAAGUGGAUCGCCUGAACAGUGAUCUUAAACUGAGACAAUGAUUGUUAUUUAAUGAAGUUUUAUUCAGUUCUUAUUUAUUGGUUGAUGUUUCAUUCUCGGGAGAAAUGCUGCACAUGUAUGAUGUGUUAAUUCAUGGUGUUUUAUCUUUACUUGCUGUCGAAUUGGAAUUUGAAUUGGCCAGUAUGCUUUCAUGUAUAGUUUGUGUGUUUUGGAGAGAGUCAUAGGGGAAGGCGAAGGCUGGUGGCACAAGCGUUUUUAAUGACCUCAUCUUUUGUUUAUAGCUUUCUGUUCUUUGUUUAAGCACGCCAGCUCACCUGAAAUCUACGAGGAGUGUUUCGUUUAAAGAACUACCAUUUAUAAACUCUCACCACUUGGCACUACUGCAGGAUAGUGACUCAUACUAGGCUUGCGUAAACCGCCAUAAUCUACUUGUAAUCUAAUCUGCUCUUUGCUGCCUACCUCAGCAAAAAAUUGAUCAAACCAUUUGAAAAAUGUACGUAGAGGUUGGGUUCUGUGACUCAGACUGUUGUUGUGGAGUGAAACCAGCCCCCAUCAAGUUGCAUCAGCUCAAACAGUGAGUUGCUGUAAAAUCGAUGUACUUCAAAGCUUCACACAAGAUCCUGGACACUGACCUCCAUGUUUUCUGUGUUGUUUAGGCUACCAUUGGUUGGGUGCGCUUCAUUUUACCAUGGUGAAUGAGUAAAGCUAAUUAUGGAACUAACUCCUCAGGUACUGGCUCUUUCCCUAAUGUAAUCACUGUAAAUAUGAUUAUUGUACAGAUGAAUGUGAAUAGUAGCACUAUUAUUGUACAGGUAGAAUAAUGUGUGUACACUGUCACUCAACAAGCUCCCAGCCUGUCACUCUCCGGGGUGUGAUGUUGCAGUCAGCCCACAGCUUUUUGUAUUUUUAUUUCUUAUUCUCAGUGGACUUUGCCAUACACACAGCUGCAGGACUAAACAUGCACCACCCAGAACCCAAACAAAUGAUGUAAAUAAUACCCCAAAGUCAGAGCUCAACUCUCAAAUAAAAAUGGGUUUAACUGUU